AUGGGAAAGGCACUAUCAGACCGCAUCAAAACACAGAGGAAACACCGCAUCAAGAAUUGGAUACUUUCCGAUGCCCUUGAGGAAUAUACCCGAGAGCAGGGCAAGCCGGAUGGGGAAAAACGACUCAGUGCACGCGCGGUGGCAGAGAAGCAUGGCCUGAAGAGCCACAAGACAUUGAUCAGUCAUUACAAGGGACAACAAACAAUGAGUGCAUUCAAUGAGGCUAAACAAAAACUGACUCCUGCAGAGGAAGCAGUCCUCAUGGGUUUCUUACUCGAGUCAGCCGACCACGGGCCAUUAGCCACAGAGAGGGCACGGGCACUCAAUCCCGAGAAUGUCAAAAGUUGGUUUGAGCUCGUGGAGAAGUGGCUUGACAUCUAUGGCAUGGACAAGAGUGGCUUCCCACCCUCCGAUCAGGGGAGGCGGAAGCCGACGAUCAUCUUCAAAGCCAAGAAGUUCCAGUCUUCUUGGCAACAGAACAAUGUCAGUGGUGCAUCUUUCUGUCACUCCGAGAAUGGCUGGACAGAUGGCGAGAUUGCUAUGUCAUGUUCCCACUACAUGAGCAAAAUACUCAAUUAUGCCAUCCAAAACAACAUCAUUAUCCUCGCCUACCCUCCACACUGCACCCAUGCAUUACAAGGCCUUGAUGAGAUCUGGAAGGAGGAGAUCAGGCGGUUUGAGGAACACCACAAACACGGUGUCAAGAAGGGCGACUUCACUGAGACAUUCGGGAAGGCAUUUGUACAGGCCUUCACGCCGGAGACUGUCCGUUCGGCAUUCGAGAAGAUGGGUAUUCACCCGUUUAAUCCCGAGGUCAUCUCGCCUGAUCAGAUGAAGCCGAGUAUGCAACAUCGACACAGGAUGAGUCCUGUCCGUACAGUGAUGCAAUCUUGGCGCAGAGAACACUCCACAUCAUGCACCCCAUUCAUCCAUCUCACCACAAGGCUCGCCGACGCCUGGUUCAUCCAUUCUUCCCAAAUUGUCACACACCCCCAUACACCCUCAUCUGCCACUUUUGUCGACACUCCAUCCAAGCGUGCCCGCCUGAUGAGUGAAAAUCUGGCAAAGUUGUCAUCAGGAUCAUUCCUCAUAUCAAGGACACCUCUUACCUCCUCGCAGACGAUCACACCACCCAUUUUUGGCAAGGUGCCAAGGCUGCCAGAGCCCAACUGGAGCCUGCUAUCAACCCCAUUAGCAGAUCCAUCCAAAGCAGAGAUGCAAGACAGGAUCAAAUGCCUCACUGAAAGCCUCCGCCUUGUGUGCGAGACAGCUUUGGAAGCUGCACAAGCCCAGCUUAAGCUCAAUCAGGCGCUCCAUACAAAAGAAAACAAGGGAAAGACAGACCGUGCUGUCUUGUUCGAAGAUAGGAAGGGUCGCCAUCUCACCAAUCGCGAGUUCAUAGAGGGCCGGAUGGAGGAGGCGGCAGCAAAGGUACAGCGCGCUAACAUGCACAAGACGAAGAAGACAGAGACCACAAUCUUGCAGGAGAGAUGGAAGCAGUUGUGCGAGGAGCAUGCACACACGAGGGAUGCUUGGGAGAAGGAAUGUGAGAGGUUACAAGCUGAGGGGGUGGCAAAGAAGCAUCUUCCAAAAGCACCCAAAAAAUUCCCUUCCGGUCCUCAAGUUGAUGGUAGUGCUGCUGUUGACGAGGCGAGGGAACAAGCAGGGGAAGUGGAGGAAGACGUAGACAAGGAGAUCGAUGGCGAGGAGUCGUUGGAGAGUGACGGCUAGACGCCAGAAGCGAUACUACAUAUGGUAUAAGUCACACCAUCGUCACGCUGGGUAAAGGUCCGAUUCACAUUACACAUUGUUACCUUCCCCUGAUUGCAGUACUGUACUACAGUGACACACUCUGUGGUCUCAAAUCUCGG